CAUACGAAAUUGAUUGAUUUUUGAUUUUGGUUUUUUGUUGGGUCGGUGCGUGGUUCUCCGUAUUGAUAUUAAAAUUUGUUUGUUCAUUUAAUUUUUGUUGUGUUUAUGUUGAUUUCAAGAUGACUUCUACUCAGUUUCGGUCAUUGGAUUUGGAACUUGACCCGCAGAAACGGAGUAUUUUUGUGACACAGUUGGGGGAGCGUGGGUUUGAAGAAGAGGAGGAAGAAAAAGAAGAUAUCAAUAAAUAUCCAAUUGUGAAAGAGUCGGCAGGUAAACUUAUUGAAACGGGUUUAAACACCGUUCAGAAGACUUUAUUGCUGAAGAGACAGGUUGAGGUUGAGAGGGUGUCACUGGAACUCCAAGCCAAGAGAAAUGAUUUCAAAAAACGAAUGGAAAGUUGUGAACGAAAGCGGAUAGAAAUGCAAAAGAGACAACAAAAAAUGAAAGACAGGGUGCAAAAAUUUGAGAAGUUUAUUCAAGAUAAUGAAGCAAAAAGGAGAAGAGCUAUCCAUAAAUAUCAAACAGAACUGCGACUGAAAGAACAAAAAACACAAGAAUUUGAGAUGUUGAAGGAGCAACUAGAAGAUCUGAAAGACAGGCAUAAACUACUAUGUGAAAAACUUGAGAGGUACAAGAAAUUCGAAGAGUAUUUGACAAGAGUUUUGGAUAAUCUACCAGAAAAUUAUCUUGAGGUGAACAAUGAAUCGAUGUUAACAAGUAUUAUGGAUCGCCAUAAAACUUUGACAGCUACUAAUGCAAAUUUGAUUGAUAAAGUUGCGAGUUUGUAUGAUGGCGUCGAGCAAGAAAACCAAACAUUUGAAGAGAUGAAAUACAAUCAAAACCAGAACGUUUUAGUCAUCAACCGUCAAUUAGCAGAGCUGCAAUCAGUCCAAGAACAAAGGUUGGAUGAGACGACACAACUUGAACAAAUAGCACUCAACAGACACGACAGCUUCCGACAACAGAGUGAGUUAUUGGGCAGAAUUAAGAUGGCGAUCACAAACUUAGCAGAGAAGUGCUGGACAUCACAUAACCCACCAAUCGAAAGCGCAGAUUACUAUCAGAAGCUCACUCAAAUCAUGGAAUAUUCCAUAGAGAGGAUAGGAGUAGAAAAGAUGGCCAGAGCAGCUUGGCAGGGCAGUCAUGCCAGUGUUAAAGAUGAGGACAGAAAUAGUGGGAGGAGCAGAACAAGACAGAAUAGCUUUUUAAACAAAUGAUCAUCACUUCCCCAUGUUGAAAUCAUUCCCACCGAUUUACGAUGAAUGUAUGAAUUUUAUACUUCUAAAGUAUGUGUGAAAUUUAUAUAUAUUUUAUUUACCGUAUUCUUUCUAAUAAACACCCCGGGGUGUUGCAUUUUUUCAAAGGGGGUGUUUAUUAGAGGUGAAUUGUAAAAUCAUUAACUACCUUAAACAAGCUGAGCCUUUAAGCAGUCAGUCAGUUUUUUCUUUAAGGAACAAGUCUGUAUUUUCUGUGGGUGUUUAUAACUGCAAAUUUUGAAUGCGAUUUUGGGGUGCGAAAUUCGGGGGGGCAGCCUAUACACCCGACUGGUCAUCAACCUACUCCUAAAAUAUUCCAGAUCGCGAGCCACUUAGCAUCAACCUUUAGGCCCAAGCUAUCCAAGGUGAUGUGUUGCAUUACAAGUAUUCAAUUGUUUCUAAUCGGCUGAUAAGUUAAAAUUUUGUUAUCUUAAUGAUCCAUUCUAAACGUGAGAAACCUCUGUUUACCUCUGUUUAAACUGGUUAGGGUACUCAUGAAAGUUUAAAAGCAAAUGAAAACAAGGGGGGCAUUUAUUAGAGGGGGAGCGUUUAUUAGAGACAACACGGUAUUCCAGUGACAGAUCAGAAAC